AUGCCUCAGGACAGGACGUCCGUCGACAAGGCCAAGUCCCUCAACAGUCUUGCCCACGACAAUCUCCAGCGCCAACUGCAAGUCAACCAGAAGCGCAAUGACAAGCGCCGAGUGAGACAAGCGGGCGGAGACGGUCACACCCGGAUAGACGCAGAAGCUGCCAGAGCGGACGUAGCGGCGUGUGAGGAGGACACACCUAGUGACGAGUGA